CGGUCAAACAGAGCACUUACUGUUCUUCAAGAUGCGCGACGGGCUCACCGGUUUGUGCAUUGGGAUUAUUCUGUUAUUAAACGGCGGGCUGGUGGUUAUGAGGAGACAGGACUCGUCUUCAGCUCUUGGCAGUAUUUUCCGGACGAGGUGCGCCGCCAGGUGCCUGAGCCUCCACAGCACGCGCAUCGCUCUCUCGCCAAGACAUUUCCAGAGUAAUGGAUCCCUUGGAUGGUGUCAGAGCCAUAAACAGUGUGCAAAGUGCCUGGAGCCAUGCAAAGACUCCUGGGAGUUGAAAGACGGACCUUGUCGAGAUUUAUGUGAGCAUGCGUUUCCCAAGCGUCAUGGGGAGUGUGUGACGAGCUGUGAGUUCCUGCGAUCGGUGAUGGUGGUGAAGCAGGGUGACUGUCCGCCACCGGAGAGAGCAAGUGGUUUUGCAGCCGCCUGUGUGGAAGGAUGUGAGGAAGAUGGAGAGUGUUCAGGACAGAAGAAAUGCUGUCCAAAUGGCUGCGGACACACAUGCCAGUCCCCUAAAAACCUCUACAGAGGUGCUCCUCUGAAGCCCAGGAAGGAGCUGGUGUUUGAAGAGCUGGAGUCUGGUGUGUUGGAAGUGCGCUGGUCCUCCAAAUUCAAUGUGUCGGCAGAGCCAGUUCUGAAUGUUCUGCAGAGAAGGUGGAAUUACGGCAUCCACCCCAGUGAAGAUGGAGCCACUGAGUGGCAAGUGGUGGCACGGACAUCAGAAGAACGUGUGUGGCUGACAGACAUACGACCUGGUCGCUGGUACCAGUUCAGAGUGGCAGCGGUCAAUGUUCAUGGAACCAGAGGAUACACCACCCCUAGCAGACACUUCAGAUCAUCUAAAGAUCCUCCCCCUCCCCCGGCGCCAUCUGAUCUUCAUGUUAGCGACAUGACCUUUGGUGCGGAUCACUCGGCGUCUGUCCGGCUCAGCUGGAGUAUUUCUGCAGAUUUAGACAUCCCAGUAAACCACUACAAGCUCUCCUGGAGCUCCUCUGACCACACUCUGCCACCCAAACUCAAGAAGAGAGAGACUGUAAACGGGGACUCUACCUAUGCUGAGCUGGAUGAUUUAAGAGAGAACGGGAGUUAUACUGUGGAGCUCCAGGCAGUUUCAUACUGGGGUCAGGUCCCGCUCAAAAGCUCCAAGGCCAUUCUUCAGUUUACUACAAGCCAAACACAAUCUGAUUUGGAGCCCACAGUCAGUCCGGUCUUUAUAAAGCCCCAGUCAGAUCUACUAGACGUGGGCACUCCAUUCUAUCAAGAUGGACAGCUUCAGGUUCGGGUUUAUUGGAAAAAGAAAGAUCCCACCGUGAAUCGUUACCGUGUGCAGUGGGCUCCAGAAUUCUGCAGUCACAACAGAUCCAGAACCCAGGAGAAGCUCAUCACCCAGGAGAAUUUUGCCAGCCUUUCCGGUCUUCAGUUUUCGUGCAAGUAUAAAGUGAUCAUCCAGCCUGUGGGGUUAAAGGGCCGAGCCCAAGUGGAAAGCACCACUUUCUACACCCCGUCUUGUGCUACUAUCCAGAGCAAGAGUCCCAAACCAAUCCCAUGCUCCUCUGUCCCAGUGGUUCAGCCAAAGGUCCUGGUCAAGGCAGAGAACCUGACAGCAGCAUUUUCAGUCUACUUGGGGAACGUGACAGGCCUGUUCUCAUGGGUAGUGGCCAUGCCUCAGCAGCCACAGCAGGUCACAGGGUAUCAGGUCACAUGGGCAGAGGUCAUCACGGAGAGCCGGAGGAAUAAUCUGCCCAACAGCCUCAUAUCCCAGUCUCAAAUUCUGCCACCAGAGCGCAACAUCCUGGUAGUUUCUGGCCUUCAGUUAGCAUCGCUCUACAGACUUGAGGUGCAGGUGAUCACUGCAGCAGGACAAGGACCAGCAACAUCCAGAACCUUUCAGACACCCACUCACAGCAAGCCUGUCCUGCAUUACAAACCCAGGAUUAAGAAACACCAUCUAAGGUCAGUGAUUGAACGUCACUGAAACGCAAUACAUCAUCCUGGAUCAGAACUGACCCCUCAGGAACACGGAGAACCAGAAGAACCAAAGAACAGUUCAUUAUGAAUCACAAUGUCAACCUGAGCCAGUCAGCUGCCUCAUAACUCAACAUGGGGACGUGCUGUAAUCUGAAGAUCAAAUUGUGAUUGACGUUAUGAUAUUCGAAGACCCAUUCAUUUCCUGUUGGGAGGAUUGACUUCCACAUACUAAUUAAAAUUGAAUUUGUGAGACCAAGUUGUGAAUCAAAAGCAAAAGCUGUAGGGUUAAAAGCAAAAGACGUGCAAAUAUAGCCUAACAUGCCUAAAAGGCAUGCUUUUAAUGGCAUCCUCACUAUA